AUGGCAUGCUAUUUUGGUUGGAUAGUACUUGACUUGCGCGAAGUUUUUAAUACAAUACUUAUCAACAAUUAUGUCAAAUCAAGAGCAAUGGGCAUCGCCGUGCGUUUAUUCUGCUUAAAUCAUCAUAUUUUCAAAUUCCUGCUUAUUAAUUAUAUGUGCGAAACAGUUAGUGCGAAGGCAAGUGCAACAGCAGAUUUAUUAAAUAAAUUGUCAUAUGUCACUUAUGAUGUUGAAAUUCGUGAACUUAUUUCUCAGUUUUCAUUGCGAAUAGUGUAUGCACCCCUUAAAUUCUGUGGAAUCGGAUUUUUCCAAUUUGGUUUCAAAUUUCUUCAUAAGUUUAUCACGUCUAUCGCGACUGUUUUAAGGUAA